UACUCGUAGAAAAGUGGAGUCCAGAGAUCUGUGUUAGAGGAGUCAUUGCUGCCGAGGAGCUCAGGGCUGGUUACCGUCCCUUCAGGAGUGCUGGAGACCAAACUUGGAAUACAAGUUGAAGGUUCCCUAGGGGGCGAAAGCUAAGGAGCAGAGCCCUCCCCGGCCCAGUCUGCGGCAGGAGCGCCAGCCCCGACCCGGCUUAAAACUCCUGGGGAGUCUUCGCUGUUCCCACCUCCGCUUCUUCCCCCUCCCGCUCCCGCUCGGGGUCCCCGCCAGGGCUGGGAGUCGCAGCGGCCGCGGCCCGGGGGGCUGAAUGUGCGCGCCCGCCGCUUCCCGGGAACUUGGGGGCGGCCGCUGAGCCCCGUCGCCGCGGAGGACUCGCGCUCGCUUUCUGCGCCCUCUCCCCGGAGGGCCGCGGCGGGGCUUCCACUAUGAUCCCCGGCGUCUUCAGGGUGCGCGUGUGGGCCCCCGUGGGCGUCCUGACCUCGCUGGCCUACUGCCUCCACCAGCGGCGGGUGGCCCUGGCCGAGCCGCGGGGGGCGGACGACCGGAGUCCCGUGGACCCAAGCCAGCUGGAGUUGAAGAUGGUGCAGGUCGUGUUUCGACACGGGGCGCGGAGUCCUCUCAAGCCGCUCCCGCAGGAGGAGCAGCAGGUAGAGUGGAAGCCCCAGCUAUUAGAAGUCCCACCCCAAACUCAGUUUGAUUACACAGUCACCAAUCUAGCUGGUGGCCCGAAACCGCAUUCUCCUUUCGACGCCCAGUACCGAGAGACCACGCUGAAGGGGGGCGUGUUUGCCGGACAGCUGACCCAGGUGGGCAUGCAGCAGAUGUUUGCCCUGGGGGAGCGGCUGAGGAAGAGCUACGUGGAGGACGUCCCCUUCCUCUCUCCAACCUUCCACCCACUGGAGGUCUUCAUUCGUUCCUCUAACAUUUAUCGGAAUCUGGAGUCCACCCGGUGCUUGCUGGCUGGGCUUUUCCAGCGUCAGAAAGAAGGACCCAUCGUCAUCCACACUGAUGAAGUGAGCUCCGAAGUCUUGUACCCAAACUACCAAAACUGCUGGAACCUGCAGGAGAGAACCAGAGGCCGGAGGCAGGCUGCUUGUUUGCAGCCAGGAAUCUCAGAGGACUUGAAAAAAGUGAAGGAAGAGAUGGGCAUUGCUGGUAGCGAUGGAGUGGACUUCCUCAUCCUCCUGGACAACAUGGCUGCUGAGCAGGAGCACGGCCUCCCGAGCUGCCCCACGCUGAAGCGAUUUGCACGGAUGAUCGAGCAGAGAGCCGUGGACACAGCCUUGUACGUCCUGCAAAGGGAAGACAGGGAGAGUCUUCAGAUGGCAGUAGGCCCGUUCCUGCACAUCCUGGAGAGCAACCUGCUGAGCGCCGUGGACCCCGCCACGCCCCCCGGCAAGACCAGAAAGCUGUACCUGUAUGCGGCUCAUGACGUGACCCUCAUGCCUCUCCUACUGGCCCUGGGGAUUUUUGACCACAAAUGGCCCCCGUUUGCUGGUGACCUGACCAUGGAGCUCCACCAGCACCAGGAAUCCGGGGAGUGGUUUGUGCGGCUCUACUACCAGGGGAAGGAGCAGGUGCCGAGAGGCUGCCCUGACCGGCUCUGUCCACUGGACAAGUUCUUGAACACCAUGUCGGUUUACACCUUAAACCCAGAGAAGUACCGCACACUCUGCUCUCAGGCACAGGCGAUGGGCCGUGGAAAUGAAGAGUGACUGAUGUAUAUUACAAGCUGGGUGUGCUGAUUUUUAAAAUAAAAUACCUUCACACAG